AUCUCUCUAAGGCUAUUGACAAUUUUGUGUCCGUCCAAGUAAGUCAACCCCCCCAACUUCUUUCUGAGUUCUCUGUCCAAAAGCAGAGACAAUCCGCAUUUUAUGAAUUUCUGAUUGGUGUCCUCUGUUUCUCAUUCUCAGACAGAAACAGAGACUCUCUGUUUUGAAACAGAGGAAGAGAAGCAAAAAAAAAAAAAAUGAAAACAGAGACAUUGACUUUGGUGCUGGUGAAUCUGGCUGGUAUAAUGGAGAGGGCAGACGAGUCAUUGUUGCCAGGGGUGUACAAGGAGGUUGGUGAAGCUUUACACACAGACCCAACUGGGUUAGGCUCACUCACUCUGUUCCGAUCCAUAGUUCAGUCUUCUUGUUAUCCACUUGCCGCUUACUUGGCUGUGCGUCACAACCGUGCCCAUGUCAUUGCUCUCGGCGCUUUUCUCUGGGCCGCCGCCACCUUUCUCGUUGCCAUCUCCUCCACCUUCUUCCAGGUGGCAGUUUCAAGAGGUUUAAACGGGAUUGGACUUGCAAUAGUGACACCCGCCAUUCAGUCCCUUGUAGCUGACUCAACUGAUGAUAGCAACCGUGGUAUGGCUUUUGGAUGGCUACAACUAACAGGAAACCUUGGUUCUAUAAUUGGUGGGCUAUCUUCUGUAUUAAUAGCCUCAACAUCAUUCAUGGGCAUCCCUGGUUGGAGAAUUGCCUUCGUUUUGGUUGGACUAGUAAGUGUCAUAGUAGGAACUUUGGUCUACCUAUUUGCAAAUGAUCCAAACUUUUCUGAGACUGAUAGAGCUAAAGGUGGAAUUCACCGUAAGUCCUUUUGGUUGGAAGUUAAAGACGUAAUUAAAGAAGCAAAGUCUGUUAUGAGAAUCCCAUCUUUCCAGAUAAUUGUGGCACAGGGUGUCUCUGGAUCAUUCCCCUGGUCAGCAUUGUCAUUCACGACUAUGUGGUUAGAACUUAUUGGGUUCUCCCAUAAAACAACAGCAUUACUUUGGACGCUCUUUAUAAUUGCUGCUUCACUUGGGGGUCUGUUUGGAGGGAAAAUGGGGGAUUUGCUUGCAAAACGCUUACCCAAUUCUGGGAGAAUACUCCUUUCGCAGAUAAGCUCAGGUUCUGCCAUUCCAUUAGCUGCGAUUUUACUGCUGGUAUUGCCUGAUGAUCCAUCCACAGGAUUCAUGCAUGGGCUGGUUUUGUUUGUAAUGGGAUUGAGCAUAUCCUGGAAUGCUCCAGCAACUAACAAUCCCAUAUUUGCAGAGAUAGUCCCUGAGAAGUCGCGCACGAGCAUCUAUGCAUUGGAUCGAUCUUUUGAGUCCAUACUAUCGUCAUUUGCACCCCCUGUAGUUGGAAUUUUGGCUCAGCACGUGUACGGUUAUAAACCUGUUCCAAAGGGAUCAUCAGACGCUGUAGAGAUAGAAACUGAUAGAGAGAAUGCUGCAUCAUUGGCCAAGGCACUCUAUACAGCAAUUGGCCUUCCAAUGGCAAUUUGUUGCUCCAUCUACUCCUUCCUCUAUUGCACAUAUCCAAGAGACAGGGAGCGGGCAAGAAUGCAGGAAUUAAUAGAAUCAGAAAUGCAACAACUAGAGGAAGAUAAUUCUCCUUCAAGAGAAGAGUUCGCUGAAGUUCAUGUUUCAGAAACAAAAGAGCUGAAUGGCAAGGAAAGAAGUGAAGUCAGCAUUAAAUUUGGAGGGGAGGAGAAUCUUGAUUUGGACAACAACGAUGAGAAGUCAUUGCUUUCCCAUCAGCAAAUGUUCUUAAAUCCAGGACAAUAAUGAACCUGCCAAGCUGAAGCUAAAUUAUGAGGUCCUGUCUAGUUCAUAAUCAACUCAAAAUGAUGAAAAUGCUUCAUCAAUACACUUUGUCCAGAACGGUUAGCACCUUAUGAGAUCCCUUCAAGUUCAUAACCAACAGUUGUUUGCAUUCCAAGUCACUCAGAAUUAUAGUCUUGAUUCAGAAAUCAACUGGUUGGUUUAUUCCGCGAUAUGAGAAAAAAUUAAAAAGGUUAAUUCUUGUUAGAAAACACUUGUUAAAUCUUUUAUGAUCUCAAUCUUUUGAUUAACAGGUAUUAUAAUAAUUAUCCAUGUUAUUAGAAGUAAUAACAUGGAAAUUAUUUUUAUUCAUAUUCAUGAAUACAUUGAAAUUGCAAGCUUUGACAGGGAUUUUAGUCAACUGUGAUAUAAGAUGUGGGGUUUAGCUCUGGUAUGGCUUUAUGUAAAAGGGUUGUGAUAUAAGGCUUUAUGUCAGAAUUUUUGUCAACUACUUAGCUUUAUGUCAGUAUUUGUCAACUUUAUAGGCUUUCGGAUCAGUUGUAUACAAUUUCUCCCAUUUAUUCAAUUCUUUAUUAAAUGGGACUCA